CUCACCGACUCCGUUCCUUGUACCAUUAAAUGCCCAUCUUGUGCCAAUGGAACUCUUUAUUACCUAGACCUCUCCAAGCCAAGCCCGAUACUCAUCUUCACGAGCUUUUGCUUUCCUUUUCUUUUUGGAUCUGUUGCUGCCUGUACUUGCCUUCUUCUUCACCAUUCAAUUCAACGGGCAGAUUUUGUGCUCUUUCUGCAGGUUUUAGGAAAUGGGUAUCUUCUCUUUGAUAACAGGAAUUCCAGGCCCAAGUGGGUUCGGAUCAGCCUCAACUGCUGAACAGGUUACACAAGGGAUUGAUGCUAGCAACCUCACUGCCAUUGUUACUGGAGGGUCAAGUGGGAUUGGCUUGGAGACUUCAAGAGUGUUGGCUCUCAGGAAUGCCAAUGUUAUUAUUGCAGCCCGGAACACAGAGGCUGCCAAGGAAGCCAAGCAAACCAUUCUCAAAGACAACGAAGCUGCUCGCGUGGACAUCAUGAAACUUGACCUCGGCUCGAUGAAGUCAAUUAGAGCCUUUGUCGAUGAAUUCAGCUCUCUUCAGCGUCCUCUUAACAUCCUAAUAAACAACGCUGGCGUUAUGUUUUGCCCAUUCCAACUGUCCAAAGAUGGUAUUGAGACGCAAUUCGCGACGAAUCAUCUUGGUCAUUUUCUCCUGACAAAAUUACUCCUAGACAAAAUGAAGGACACAGCAAAAGCUACUGGUAUUGAGGGUAGGAUUGUGAACCUGACAUCAGUAGCACAUCAACACACCUAUGAAGGGGGGAUACGAUUUGAUAAGAUCAACGACAAAGAUAGUUAUUCGGACAAGAAGGCCUAUGGACAGUCGAAACUAGCCAACAUAUUGCAUGCCAACGAGCUCUCUCGUCGUUUGAAGGAAGAAGAUGCAAAUAUCACAGUCAACUCGGUGCAUCCAGGGUUAAUAACAACGAAUCUCUAUAGACAUUCUGGACUUCUAAUUAGUCUCAUGAGGGCAUUUACCAUUCUCCUGUGGAAGAACGUCCCGCAGGGUGCAGCCACAUCAUGCUAUGUCGCGCUUCACCCAAAGGUGAAAGGUGUUACCGGAAAGUAUUUCCUGGACUGCAACGAGUGGCCUCCAAGCAAGCUUGCCACCGAUGAGGUGCUUGCAAAGAAACUGUGGGAUUUCAGUGACAAUUUGGUUAAUUCAGCUCAAAAAGUGCCUCAAGAAGUUGCUUGAAGCCUUCUGGUUAGGUACCAUCCUAUGUAUCUCCUCUCUAAAGACUCCUAAACAUGGCAGGCAGACUACGUUUCAGUUUCACUGUUUUAGGUGUCUACUUCAUUAUGCAUCUGUUAAAGGACUUCAUGGUGUAAGCGUUGAUAUAGCAUAUGAUUAUUAACUCUGUAGUUCCAGUGGAA